AUGCCGUACUAUGGGUUUCUCAUGCACAUGGGAAAUGUCACGCUGGACGCCAGCGUUGAAGACGCCCUAAUGAGGAUCACCAUGGUGGGCUGUGGCCUGUCCGUCAUGGGCGUCAUGCUCACCAUAUUCCUCGUCUGUUUCUUACCGUUGCGCAGUGACAGCAUGUUUAUUGUGGCGAACAUCGCCGUGUCGCUUCUCUGCUCGCAGACCUGUUACCUGGGAAUAGAGAACUCCUACCCGGAUAAUACGAUGUGCAGGAUGGCAGCCGGGGUUCUGCAUUACUUCUUCCUGUGCUUCCAUUUCUGGAUGUUAGUGUAUGGUGUUCAUUUAUUUCUGAAGAUGAGAUUAGGGAACCGAAGCCCGAACUGGCAAAGGCGCUAUAUGUACGUAUUGACCGGCUGGCUUCUGCCUCUCCUCAUCGUGCUCAUAUGCGCCCUUGUCAACCCCAAGGGUUACGGUAUGGAACACAUAUGCUGGCUGUCCCACAUUAAUGGGUCUCACUGGGCCUUUGUGGCACCCGUCCUCUUCAUCAUGGCGUGUUACUGUCGUCAACCUGCUGCUGUGAAGAUCAUCCACGGCAGAGAUAAGAAUGAAUCUGGAUUUACCCCGUAA